AUGACGCAGCGCAUUAUAGACCUACGUAAGAGUUGUGGAUUGUAUGAUGCUUUGAGCAACAACUGUGAACACCUUGCCACCUUUGUGCGUUAUGGAGUGAAGGUUGCACUGCAGGUAAGUAUCUUUUAUAAUCAUGCUUCAUCAUUUAUUCCCAGAGGAACAGAUCAGAACUUUUGUGAAGAUUCUUGCCGCUUUGAGAAUAUUAACAUUCAUAUUUUAUGUUCACUAAACUUGAUGCUUGCAGCUUUUCAUUCUUUCACACUCUUAAUCAAUAAUAAAAUCACCUCUUGUCUGUUCUGUUCACAGAUAGGUAUGACCGCUGAAGGCAUCUGCAUUGACGAGUGGAGGAUGAAGAGAAAACACAUGCUAGAGUUCGUUAAAAACUCCCUACAAGGGAACAACGCUCCAGCUGCAGGCCCCAGUGGAGGCUGA